CAUGGCCGCGGGGACCCGGUGACCCGGGCUGGCCUGCGCUGCGGCCACUCAGACGCUCCGCGGCCAUGGACGCGUGGGUCAAGCGCAAGAGAUUCCUAGCGGCCGGCUUGCUGCAGGAUCAAGUGGCCAUCGUCACCGGCGGGGGCACGGGCAUCGGAAGGGCCAUCGUGGCCGACCUCCUGCAGCUGGGGUGUAAUGUGGUCAUCGCAUCUCGUAACUUUGAUAGAUUAAAAUCUGCUGCAACUGAACUGAAGGCCGUCCUGCCUCCCACCAGCAACGCUCAGGUCACUCCCAUAAAAUGCAACAUCCGUAAAGAAGAGGAGGUGAAUAAUUUGGUCAAAUCCACCUUAGAUAUUUAUGGUAAGAUCAAUUUCUUGGUAAACAACGGAGGAGGCCAGUUCAUAGCUCCUGCUGAACACAUCAGUGCUAAGGGAUGGCACGCUGUGAUCGAAACCAACCUGACGGGCACCUUCUACAUGUGCAAAGCAGUUUACAAAUCCUGGAUGAAAGAGCAUGGAGGAUCUAUUGUCAAUAUCAUUAUCCUUACUAAAAAUGGAUAUCCAGGAUUUUCGCAUAGUGGAGCUGCCAGAGAAGGUGUUUACAACCUCUCCAAAACCUUAGCUUUGGAAUGGGCCACAAGUGGAGUAAGAAUCAACUGUGUUGCUCCUGGAGUCAUUUAUUCCCAGACUGCUUUUGACAACUAUGGCCCUUCGUCAAAGGAGAUGUUUGGAGGAUUCUUUCAGAAAAUCCCAGCUAAAAGACUUGGGGUUCCCGAGGAGGUCUCCGCCUUGGUGUGCUUCCUGCUGUCUCCUGCAGCUUCCUUUAUCACCGGACAGUUGGUGGAGGUGGAUGGGGGCCAGUCUCUGUACACUCACGUAGGGGAGAUACCAGAUCAUGACAAUUGGCCUGAAGGAGUAGGGGACCUGUCUGCUGUCAAAAAGAUUAAGGAGACUUUUAAGCAGAAAGCCAAGCUCUAAGCCAAGGAAACACGGAGGUGUCUUUUGUGCCCAAAUGCCUUAAGAUUUCAAAAAUGCACUUCUGUACUUUAUAGGAGCUUAUAGUUUGCAUGGAAAAAUCACUUUCCGCUUUUUUAAUGUUAUCAAAUUAUGUCUAUGCAAAAAUGAUUCCUGAAAGAAAUGAAUUUUUAAGGCACAACCCAUGUCCUUUGGCCUGUGAUUUAAAAAAAUUUUUAGGAAUGAAAAUUAACAUACUUUAUGAUUAUACCUUUUAUUCCUAAGAAAGGUAUUUGAAAAGUGAAAUAAUUUCAAAUUAAUCAUAGAGGUCUCAUAAUCUGCUAAAAGGUUUUUAUAUUUAAUUGUAAAGGUAGGCAAUAAAUCCAAACUGUGGCAUCAUUAUGAUUCUUACAACUAGAGUUAUACAAUGAUUGCCAUUGGUGGCAAAUACUUUUGGAUCAAUAAAACUUUAUGGUAAUUAUCGAUGUGUGCUUUGUUUUGUUCACAAAGUCAAAUUUGUGUAAAUCCUCUUAAUUCAAAAGAAAAAUAAAGUUAUGUGUAGUA